GCUAUGGUUUAUGAUGUGAUGUAUGGUUUCCAUUUAUGGAAAAUAAGAAAAGUCCACCGCCGCGAUCUAACCCUUGUACGUUACCUUUUGCUCCUUUACCGAUGGUUGCCCCAGUUAUUACAGGAUAUUAUCGUUAUACUGAUAUUUUCUUUGAAUGGCAUCAAGCCUUACCAGAGGAAGAUCGCAGUCCCUUGAAGGCGACUUUAACUCAAGAUGCAUUCGUUCAUCCAGAUCAUCCCCUCCACAAAGAGGGUGUCGAUGGUGCCGAACUCUACUUGGGGACACUGCAGAACUUUGAGACGAGAUUGCUCUUGUCCUCAGCUCAGGUGGAAUACUUGAGAUACUGGCUGCAUGCCAUGGGUCUUACCAAAAGCCUCAUAUCGCUUCCUUACUCCGACUGUCUUUUAACCGAAUCUAGCCUUCGCCACGUCUCCCCCGUCACAUUCAAGACCAAAGAGGAGCUCAAGGGUUCUCUCAAGCAAAUAGAAAAGAAUAACAAACGUCUGAAAGGAGCAGACCCGAUGCUCAAAACGCGUCGUGAGAUUUUUGAACGAGUCCGCACGUUGUGGGCAGAGAAAGUCGGCGUCUGGUGUGCUCUGGACUUCGAAGCAUGGGACAGGGACCACACCAUGCUCACUGAGUUUGGAUGGAGCUUUGUCCGGUGGAUCGAUGGCCAGCCAGUCGAAGAACAAGGUCAUCUCAUCGUGAAAGAAUACCGCCAUUAUACGAAUACAUUCGUCCAGAACAAUCGCGAGCACUUUUCAUUCGGGGACAGCGAGAUCGUCAAUAGAGCAACGUUCAGGACCCGUAUCCAGAACCUAGUCGCUGACCUCCAAAGGGAUGGCCCACUGUUCUUGAUUUUUCACGAUAAUAAUCAGGACAUCAAAUACCUCAAAUCUCCCGCCGUCAACGCAGACCUGCCAAAUCUCAACUUCUUGCUUCCCGACGCAAAGCCUACUAGCGGCGUCUUCGUAUUAGAUACGUCCGACCUAUUUGCCGCGCUGGAAGGCGAAGGAGGACACAACAGACGAUCUCUGGAGCGAGUAUGUAGGCACUUGCAGUACACUUUGCUCGCAAUCAAGGAAAUGGCCUCCAACGAGCCUCUAGACAUGCAGAGGGAGAAGAGGUGGCCCAACCGAACAGGUAACACCGCCUAUCCCACUGCACCCCAGACCGGGGCUGGAGUGAAGGUCAAAUUCGAGGCCUGGGAAGAAGAUAGCGAUUAUUCAGACAUGGAAGGUCUUCUACCUAUGAUUGACAAAACCAAAAUCCAGGCAGAUGAAGUUCAGGCUGAGACGCCUGCGUGAUGAAAUAGAUGUUUCUAGCGCACCGCGAUUGUACUUUCUUGAAACGCAUCGUGGUUUGUUGUAUCCCUAGUAGUACUCAAAUGACAUGAUAGCAAUGUGUGCUGUCUUGGAGACUCGCACAGAUAGAGGUCGUCAGUAGUAAAUAUCCAGCUAGUCCUCCUUAGUGUCUUUUGAAUCAUCCUCGUCAUCGUCAUCGUCAUCGUCAUCGUCCUCGUCAUCAGAUCGGACAUCUGUAACCUCGACGUCCCUCAAGGAUCUGUGAAUAGAAACAGCAAUGAGCGGCGAAAAGACAAAGGCUAUGUGUAUGACCUUAUCACGAUGCGCCAAAUAAG